GAGAAUCUUUAAUCAUAAACAUUGACGAAAGGCUGCACAGUAAUUAAAAGAAGAACAAGCCAGAACAGCACACAAGAAUAAACUGAUUUUGAAAACACUAAGGGAAUCAAAGCCACGAUUUUUUUGAAGUAUACAUAAGAAGACAAAAGACAAACAGAAACAAUUUGCAUUGACAACUACUUGACGUGAACAUUGUUAUCCUAACUUGAGGCGUUCAUUUGAAUACCAAAGAAAACGAGAUCAAAUUAAUAGUAUAGCCGUAAGAAGCUGUGAUCCAUCGAAGCAGAACUGACAUAGUGUCGCCAUAAUUCCAGGGGGUUGUAAUUUACACAUCAAGAAAGAAGGAACAAGGAAGCUUCGCGAGCUACAUCCAACUGCUGUAACAUCAUCACAGCCACGUAGUAGAAAAUUUCAAGAUGGGAAAACAAGAAGAAGGCCAUAUAAAACGACCAAUGAACGCAUUUAUGGUGUGGUCAAGAGGCAAGAGAAAACAGAUUGCUCAGGUAAACCCUAAGAUGCACAAUUCGGACAUCAGUAAGAAACUAGGAGAAGAAUGGAAGACAUUAACCUCGGAAGAAAAAGAGCCGUUCAUAGCUGAGGCAAAGAGACUGCAAGCGUUGCAUAUACAGCAACAUCCCGAUUAUAAAUAUAAACCAAAACGUCGUAAGCCGAGGACGUUAAAGAAAGAUGUCUCGCCAGGUAUUGGCAUGUACAAUCCGUACACAUCACCAGCAUUAAUGAACAUUCCCGAUAAGUAUCAAAAUGCUGCAUUACCAAGCAAUAUGCCGCAAGGUGCUAUUGCAUCGUUACAACCAAGCUAUCCUACAGCAGAAACACUUGCCAUGUACACUAAAAUAUCUAGCAAUCCUUACCACCAUGACUACCAAACACCUGCAUACCCGUUUAUGUAUCCCACACAGUCUAACGUUUCCAAUCCAAACAGCAACAAUAAUGGCAGUAUAAAUCCUGCUAGAGCUAUGUACUCUGGGGGAAUGACACAGUAUUACCAAGGAAAUGGGUUAACUGUACAAAAUGGAAAUCCCUACAUGGCAUCUAACAUGGUGAGCCACAUGGGAAAUCGUAUAGUGUCUUCACCGGUAGAAGAUGGUCGAGUUAGUAUGGUUAACUCGCCACCAGUAGCUUCGUCACCACACAACUCAGAUAGAGCAAGUCCUGCCAUUUCCCAUCCAAAAUCAAUUACUGAUUCAAUGCCAGGACAACGUGUAUGGCAGCCACAUAAUCAAAGUAAAGAUAUAUCUGCUCUACGUACAGGUCUAGUUCUUAACAACUAUUGUUAAAUUAUAGUGGCAGACUACAUUAAAUGCUUUAAAGUGCAAUUUGAUGAAUGACUUUCGGUCUACUAUAGAUUUGUAAAUAGAGUUUUUAAAAUGUCUUUAAAACAUCAAAUGAAGUGAUGCUCUCUACCUUUGAUUUAUGUUAGUUUUCUAUAAAAAUAUAUCCGUUAUGACACGUCGUCGCAACGUGGUCAAACUACUCUCAA